AUGUCGAACUGGUUUGGCAACCUCCAGUUGGCGUACAAGUACAUUGUCGUCUUCCUGGCUCUCCUCGUCUUGACGAUCCUUGCUGGAUUCGUCAAGCUGUUCUUCGACCGCAGGAAGUUGCAACAGCACAUCAAGAAGGAUGCAGAGACCGCUGCAGUCAAGGAAGACACCGUAGAGCUCAACCAGCGCGAGAAGGACGAGGGAGAUCUGUUCGGUAUCCGCGCUAUUGAGGCCGGUUUCUACGCUGGUGUCGCACAGUCGCGCCCAACUUCAAGAGCAGGAUCGAUCGUCGGACACCCCAACAUGAGCUCGUCUACUCUCGUCGCCAAUCCUAACUCGCCUCUGCUGAAGCCGCACUCGAAUGGAGGUAGCAUGGUUAGCUUGCCAUUGGCUGGCAAGAACAGCAACCGCGACUCUGAAACUCUCCCAGACCGUAGGCCAUCCCCUCCUUCUAUGAAACUGCGACCGUCCGAGGCUGAACUGAACGGAAGGCAUAACCCUUACGACACCGCAGUAGACAUGUCCCUGAAUGUCCCUCCAUCUCCCGGUUUCCGUGCGCAGCCAACAACCUUCGGCGGGUCCGAUAGCGACAGCAACGGCGUUGUCUCUCCUCAAUCCAUGUCGCCCCGAUCAGCUGACUUCAACCUGCAAUCGUACAAGCCAGCGCCAUCAGUUCCUAUGCCCGACGCUCUUCGUGUCUCGUACCACUCUGGCGAAGAGACUUCGAAGUCGCAAGCAGCAUCCUUUAAUGACCCGUCUCCUCGCCCAUCUCCCGGCCCGUCACCUACACCGCCAUCUCCUGGCCACGCACCCACAACUCGUCUUCCUACACUGCCAUCAUCGGCCAUGAGGAAUACGCCGUCACCACCCGCCAUUCGCGUGGAAGAGCCGGGUAGGUAG